AUGAAAAAAAUAACCUAAAGUACUGCUUCCACACUCCUUCCAAAGAGAAGUUUGGCUAAAGCAAAAAGUUAAAAUUAAUUUGAGGAAACUGAUCCAGCCUAAAGAGGUAAAGAAUGAUAUCAGUAUGAAGACAGGAAAAUCAUUCGUAUGAGGAAUGUCGUCGAUUUAGGUGAUGUAUAAGAUGAUCAAAAAAGGAAUCAAAAAAAGAAUGGUAUUUGAUAUAUAUAAUAAUAUAUUAGAGAAUGAAAUAGAUCCAUUACUUGAAUAACUGGAUCAGUGGCAUGAAAAUAUCAUCUCAAAAAAGAAGGCAUAUGCAUUUGAAUAAGUAAAAUAAAAUGACAACCAUAAAGUAAUUGAACAUGAAUUUAAUAUUGAUAAUGGUCCAUAAAUCAAUUAAAAUAUCAUUAACUAAAUCAUGAAACCAAUUGAGAAAUAAUAUCAAAAAAAUCAAGAGACUAAUGAGGAUGUUCAAGUUAAAUUCUAAAUGUUAAGACCAAGCAAAGAACCAGGCAAUAAUGUACUUAAGACUUUAGAUUAAGUUAGAAUUGAGAUGAAUAAGCAAAUUCUAAAUAGUUUACUAUUAUAAAAAGUAACAAAAAAACUUGAUAUGUUAUAAAUCAAUCGAAAGCAUAAAACCAAUUGGAACAUACAAAAAAUGGAUGAAGAAACAACUCAAGUAUUUAGAGAUCAAUCUCAUGCUCUAAAAUAAAAGACUUUAAAUAAUUUUAAAGGAAUAACAGAAUACUUUAGUAAUCCUGCAUAAUAUAUUGAUUAUGAUAUUGUAUUGACUAAAGCUAAACACUAUUCAAAUAGACCACCAACUUCUUUUCCAACAACUCAAAUACCUUAAUAAUAAUAAACUUCUUCAUCUGCAAAACAAUUAAUGGAGAGUUAUUAAUUAUUCUAAACUCAAAUAAAGGAACAUAAAACUAUUCAAUUUUAAAUGAGAAUAGAUAAUAAUUAAUUAGUGUAGGAAUAAAAUCGUUUGGAAGAAGAAGUAUCAGAUAUUAGAAGAAAGUUUUUUUUGAAGGAAGAAAAGGCAAGAUAAGGAUGUAUUUCUGAAUAAACAUAAUAGUAAUAAUAAUAAUAAUAAUAAUAAUAAGUGGAAGGAAUUCCAACAAAAAAGAGAACUCUGUUAGAUACAAUUGAAAAAAUAAGAUUAUAAAGAGAUUAAGAAAUAAGAUAGAGAUUAAAAGAAAUAUAAUAAUUGAGAAUAUAAAUGCAAUAGAAUAGUGAGAAAUAAUAAUAAAUAUAAAAAGAAUUAGAUGAUAUGAGAUAGAAAAAGAGACGUUGUAAGAUGCUUUUAAAAGAUAUAUUUUUAAAAUAAUUUUAAGAAUCAAAUAAUUAAUUAGUUCCUGAAGGUUUGAUAAGUAUAAUUAAAAAUAUGAGAAAAAUAAAUGAGAGUGCUAAAUUAGAAUAUUUUCCAAAAUAUUUAGAUGAAAAAUCAAAAUAAUAUCUACUUUUAGCUGCACAAUUAGAAAUAGAUAUUGAAGAAACAAGAGUUUUAUCUUAGAAAUAUAAUUCAUAAUAGAUAUUAUUACAUUCUAAUUUAGCAAAAUAAAGUAUUUCAUCAUAACGUUAAUAAAUGAAUGUAUCAUAAAUAAAGAAUCAAGUAAAAUUGAUGUUGAAGAAGAGUAAAGUUUCUAUUAAAAAACCUGUAUUUGUUUAAGGUAUUGAUCCUUUAAAUCCAUCAUCAUUUGCUCAUGUAAUAAAGUGGGAACAUCAAGAAUUGGAACCUCAAUAAAUAAUUGAAACUAAUGAGAACAAUUUUAAAUCUUAAAAUAUGUCUUCAGAAAGAAAUUGUGUAAUUAAAGAUUACAAUUAAAAAUUAGUUUAAUUGUAAUAAUAAUUGGAAAGUGCUACAAAUGAGGAAUGUCAACGGAUCCUGAAGUCAUAUUAGAAUAAGAAAUUGUUGUCAGAUGUUUAAGAAUUAAAGAUGGUAUUGUAUGCUUUAUUUGGGUAAGCGUAAGGUGAUUAAUGUUGGAUUCCCUUUGUAGUGGAUUGGACAGAAUAGAAAUAAUUGAAUCCAUAAUAAAUAUUCAAAUAGGAUGAAUAACAAAGAUAGAGUAGUUCUCAAAGAGAUUAACAUACUCUACCAGACAUAAUGAAAACAAAAGUAUCAGAAACAUUCAGAAAAUUGACAGAAGUAGCAAAUAUAGAUUAUAAUUUUGAAUUAUAUUAUUGA